UAAAAGGUCUCAUUGGAGUUCUAGAGCUAAAGGGAUUGUGUAUUGGAGGUUGGCAAAUGGGAAGGGAGUUCAGUUUGGAGCUUGGGCUGUGGCCAUCUUCUUCUGUUUCAGAGACAAACUUCCAAUUCUCUGCAAUUCCCUCCAUGAUGGCUAUGCCAUUUACUUUGAACCAACAGCAGCAGAUCAUGGUGUUCUAUAAUGGAACACUUUCCCUCUGUGACUUUACUGAGCUCCAGGCAAGAGCCAUACUAUGGGUAGCAAGCCGAGAGAGGAGUAGCAACUCGAGAUGGACCAACCCAGAAUGGUUGAGUCUGCUGCAAAUGCCAAAGAGUGGGAGUGGGAAUGGGAAUGGGAAUGGGAAUGGGAAUGCAGGUUUCCCCAUUAAGAAAUCUCUGCAGAGAUUCCUACAAAGGAGAAAAGCAAGAAGAAUUCGAUCAAUGUCUCCAUAUCACAAAUUGUAAUAACCAAACCGCUUACCUGAUUCAAGCGAAGUUUGAGCCUCCCAACAUCAUCAAACAAUCCAUCGAUCAAUCAAUCAAUCAAAAACUCUUCAUUUGUACUCUUAUUCUACUUACAUUCUUGUAUUGUUGAAUGGAAAUAAGCAAAAAAAGUACUACGAGAAAAUAAUUCGUUUCGAACGUGUAAAUGAAAACACAAUAGCCCCGAGUUACAGUGCAAAAGAAACAUCUAUCAGGACACGACCUGAUUGAAACUAAUCUCUGGAAUGAGAAUCUGCAUCUUUUGUUCUGAAGCAUUUGACAGCAAGAAAAAAAGCAUCCUAAAAGAAUC